CGUGAUCUCAAGAGGACGUGUCUCUCUCUCUGAACAAAAUAUACAACUCUAAAAAAUAAAUAACGCCGCGUGUAUCUGUGUGUGCGUUCUCGACGAGACAGUGUGUGUGUGUUUUAAGCGCGUGUGAUUAACAAGCGCAUUAAUUAAGAGUUAAUCGAAAACAAAUUAACAGCAGGCCAUGUCUCAAUGAAACAAUAAACCGCCAUUCAAAGCAAACGUAUCACAGUGAACAGUCGGUAAAAACAAUCGAGAAAGAGGCUUUAUGUUAAAGCUCAGCCCAGCGAGCAUGACAGUUACCGGUCUGCGACAGACGAUGACCAGCCCCACGGUGCCGCCGAGUAGCAACACACCCGCGGGCAACAUUACCAGCAGCAGCAGCAACAACAACAUGAGCGGGAGCAACAUCAGCAACACCCAAAUCCUAAGUCCAGCUCACCCGGCUGGCCUCAAUCCCCUGGCCAGUCCCACCUCGCCGUCGGCACUGCUGCUGGCCCACCAGCAGCAUCUGUUGCAGCAGCACCAGCAACACCAGCACCAGCAGCAGCAGCAACAGCAGCAGCAGGCGGCCCUCCAGCUGGCUGCAGUGCAUCCGCCGGCCCAUCACCUGCACAAGACCACCUCCCGACUGAGCAACUUUAGUGUGGCCUCCUUACUGGCGGAUACCAGACCUAGAACGCCACCAAACCAGGGAGGAGAUGCACCCCAAAACCUCACCAGUUCGGCGGCCACCUCACCCAUUUCCCAGGCCAGCAGCACUCCACCUCCGCCGGUGUCUUCGGCGGCACAGGUUCCCGCCAACACCUUCCAUCCCGCCGCCGUGGCGCACCACGCCCACUUGCUGCAGGCCGCCCAUGCGGCAGCAGCGGCUCAUGCUCAGCACCAGGUGAUGGCCGCCCAACUGAGGCAGCAGCAGCAGCAAGCGGAUGCCCGGGCCAACUCCCCACCCGCCUCCACGACAUCCACGCCCAGCUCCACACCCAUAGGAUCAGCUCAAGGAUCCGGAAUCGUAGCCUCCACUCCCGCCAAAAACGAACGCCAUUCGCCAAUGGGCAGUCACACAGACUCCGAGCUGGAGUACGACGACGAAAUGCUGCAGGAUCAUGAACCCGAUCAUGACGAGGAGGAGGACUCUAUUGUGGAUAUCGAGGACAUGAAUGCCGACGACUCUCCCAGAUCGACGCCCGACGGCUUGGACGGCAGCGGCAAGUCAAUGGAAUCUCCGCACGGUCCUCCGCCGGGAUCGCAUAUGCAGUCAGCAAUUCUUUCGCCGGCGGCCUUGGCCUCCGGUCAUGUGCCCAUCCGCCCGACUCCUUUCAGUGCCCUAGCAGCGGCGGUUUGGACGGGAAUGGGAACCGGAGUGCCGUGGCCAGGGGCCAGACAAAUGGCGCCUUUCGGACCGCCUGGCAUGUUUCCGGGAGCUGGAUUCGGUGGAGAUGCCAACGAACCGCCGCGGAUCAAGUGCAACUUGCGGAAACACAAGCCCAACCGGAAGCCCCGCACACCCUUCACCACACAGCAGCUGCUCUCGCUGGAGAAGAAGUUCCGGGAGAAGCAGUACCUGAGCAUCGCCGAGCGGGCGGAGUUCUCCUCGUCGCUCCGGCUGACGGAGACCCAGGUGAAGAUCUGGUUCCAGAACCGAAGGGCCAAGGCCAAGCGGUUGCAGGAGGCCGAGAUCGAGAAGAUCAAGAUGGCGGCCUUGGGAAGGGGGGCGCCGGGCGCCCAGUGGGCCAUGGCCGGGUACUUCCACCCCAGCCUGAUGCACCUGGGAUAAGUGGCGGCCCAGUUGGUGGGCGACCGCCAUCGGGUGCGCCACCAACGCCCACUGAGCCACAGUCCCCAUCAUCAUCAUCAUCCUGGUAACCAAAUAGCCGCUGUCGCCGGUCCUCGAGCGGAAACCCCCAAAAUUUUGCUGUGAUGUUAGCGCAUUUUACGUUACGAUACUUCCAAAUGUUGUUUCAAAUGCACACCCUGUAAAUAACUAUAAGAAACCAAGAAGCACCCGAUUUAGCCAAUCGAACUUUGUAUAUAGCAAGAGCAAAAGCAAGCAGAAAAAUGUUUCCUAAUUGUACAUAAAUCUAGCAUGUAAACCCAAUCAAUUAAACACCUUCGUUCGUUUGUUUCGAGUAAUCAAUUGACAAAAGGAUUGAACGUAAUUUAUUUGCACAACUCAAGUCAAUAAGCGUAAAAACAACAUUAACUAAAUUCAUAUUUGAUUGUAUUGUAUUUUGCAACGUAAGUCAGUCUAGAAAAUGGAUCGAUCGUGUAUUUAAAAAAUACUUCUAAGCAUCUAAACUAAACUAAUCUAAUGCUAUAACUAUGCCGUUAAAAGUACUUUAUGAUAAUACCACAGACCUAUACAUAUAGUUCAUACAUGCAUAUUAUAUUAUGAAUACCAUAUAGCGUUAAUCCUCUGUAGUUGUUUAAUCAUAAAUCAUAAAAACAAAAAUGUGAAAAAAAUAAUACAAAAACAUGCAAAAAGAGCAGAAUGAAAAUCAUACAAAAAUCA